CUCAAUCUUACAACUGGAGUAACAACAGCAAUGUAAGUUGUUAUAAUUAUUUCAACUUACCACGGCAGAUAACUUUUCCCGGCAAUACGCACCAUUUAAUCAAUCCAUCUCACCGGUCUGUUCUUACGACACCUCGUUUACUGAUACCUCCAUUUGUUUCGACAUAUCGUCUUUUUUUGAUGUUCAAUGAGGCUCAGUUUUGAAGACCUGGCAAAAAGGCGACUAUCUCCAAAUUGAUGCUUCAUUUAUUUGAACAGGAUGAGCCCUGACAGUAACUUACGCCUUUUAUUGAUUGAAUGAGGUUGGUCCAGGCGACUGGCAUUCCUGAGGCACGAAAGUUGAAUGUAGAUCUCUAUAUUCUCGGUCUUACAGGGACUAACUGGCAUGAUCGUGUUCCCUAGGCUUUGGCAAUACUGACGUAAAAUAUCGCUAGGACGCAUGGACUAUCUUCGUACCAACCUCUCGUUGCGCCGGAAUAUCCUGGAUCACAUGCGCGGGCCAAAUUCCGGUCGCUAGUCUCGUCGGUGUAUACGACAAGCAUGUCCACUUGAUGUCCACAUGCCGGUGUCCGUCCGUCGAUAUCCAAUUGAAUCGACUGCAAGGACCGUGUAGCGGCGCGGCGGGCAGAUUUGUCUUCCACAUGACUGUAACAAUUGUACUCAAAUAUAUAAAUGCGAGAAGGCAUGUAGCAGGACGACUUGCUUUCGUCGUUGUUUGGUAUUCCAGCCCCGGGAACCGAGAUGCAUCUCAUCACUGUAGUCGCCAUAGGCCUGGCAAUGGUCUCAAAAACCACGGCUAUCCUCAUUCCUUCAAGUCCACCUUCGUCGGCAAAACCCGUAGACUCGUCACUCCUUAGCGUGUCCAUUGAGUUCUUCACCUUUCCAGCUUAUACCCAAAUUCAGGCAACUACAAACUGUCUGGCUAACAUCGCAACUCUCCGUGGGGCGGAACCCGCUAUCCGGAUCGGAGGUACAACCCAAGAUCGAGCCACGUACAACCCCACGCUCUCCACAGCGGUGAACUAUACAGUCGCCUCACCAGCAGAUGCGCCUGCGUCCCUUACCUAUGGACCAUCCUUCUUCUCCCUCGCUUCUCAGAUGAAGGGGGAUGUUACUGUCGGGCUGAAUCGGCAACUUAAUAACCAAGCUAUAACGCUUCAAGCAGCACAACAAGCGAAACAGAGUAUAGGUAAUUUGUUUGCUAUCGAGUUAGGUAAUGAGCCAGAAUUCUAUGCUUCCAAUUCUCCGGUCAUUCCAUCUGGACAAAGUUGGAACCAGGAUACCGACGCCGCAAGUGAGAAGUCCUGGUUCUCGACUUUCUCUGGAUCGGUCGGGAAUAUCUUCCAAGGCGCUGUAUACCUAUCUUGGAACGCAGGCGGUUUGUUAUCUCGAAUCGGCUCGGAUGGGGCUAGGUUUCUCAAGUCCAUCUCAAGACAUUCUUAUCCUCAAUCAGCAUGUGGAGGCGCAAGUACGAAUCUACCCAGUCUCAUGAGUCAUUCAGGUAUUGUCUCGUAUACUCGUCAAUAUCAGUCCGAGGCAACGGCGGUGCACGCGGUAGGCCUAAAGUACUUCUUGGGUGAGACGAACUCCGCCACAUGUGGAGGCGGAGGCAUUAGUCCUACCUUCGGUGCCGCAUUGUGGAUCGUAGAUUAUGUGCUACAGGGCGCCCUGAACGGCGUGGACAGGCUGUAUUUUCACCAAGGCACCAUAGGCAACUGCGCAAGUUUCGCUCUCAACAAUUGCAUGACAUCGGUGACUAAUAUCAUCUUCAUCGUCCAGGCAUAUUGUUUCUGGGGUACCUCGUCAAUCUUCACACCGUAUUAUGGUGUCGCUUUUGUCUCCGAGUUCCUCGGUACGGAUGGAGCCAAGGUGGCCAUGCUAGACGAUGGUACCAGCGCUAUCGGCGUAUAUGUUGUCUAUUCCUCUUCCAAUGUGCCGCUCCGAAUUCUAGUGCUAAACAGCAACUACUUCGAUGGCAGUGGUACACGAUCUCCGACUAGCGUCUCCUUUACAGGUCUCUCCACCUCCAGCAGCACGAAACAGGCGAAGAGACUUACUGCGCCAAAUGCUACUUCUCGUUCGGACCAAGGUGCUGCCGUGACUAUUGGUGGAAGUGCCAGUUUUGCAUCGAACUGUGCGAGAGCUGGAACGCAGAAUACAGAGAGCGUGAGUGCAAAUGGUGGUUCUAUGUCUGUUUCAUUGCAGGCUGCGGAAGCCUUGAUCGUCUUCCUGUAACGAUCGGAGGUGACAUGUACUCGUAUGCUGAUUGUGGAUCUUAUCCGCGUUCGUUGUCACUAACAAUGUGUGAUGCUGAGUGUGAUUGAUUGGGUCUUCCCAAAC